UUUCGGGCAUUACCGAACCGUGUGGCAGCUAUGAUGGUACUACGAGCGCAAAAUGAUUAAAAUUGACAAAGUGGAAGUGCUCGUGAAACACUGAGUGGAGAAGCAGACUUUGUCUCAUAUGGAACGUAAUUCCAGACGAGAAGAUAAAACGAAGACAGAUGGAUAAAGCAUGUUAUUUAAGAAAAAUCAAGAAAUUUAAUUGAUGAAUGUUUGGCAUGUAUGGCAAGUGUCAGUUAUGUGAAGAGUGUUUGCAAAGAACGUGUGAUUGGUGCCUGACAGAAAAAAAACUGGUGAAAAGUACAGUCAAUUGAGGUUCGGACACUACACCAUAUUGUAUAUUCAUAAUGGCCUAUCCGAAACUGGAUAUCAUAGAUCCAGAAACCACGCCGCUUGUGGCGUACGAAAGCAGCAUCAAAUCUGGAACUCACGGUGAUGUGUAUCAAAAACAGUUAGCUCAACUUCUUUUGCUUAGGUUGGCACGAGAAGGGAAGGAUUUCAACCUGGCUUACGAACUGACAUCCGCGGAUAAGUUUGAUGACGUGGUACUGUACGAUAGUACAGCCAAACAAUGGAUUUUUCUACAAUCAAAACAUGCCGACGGCAAAGAUUCAAGGAUAGAUCUCAAUGGCUUGCUCCCAAAAGCAAAUCGGGAGAAAGGAGACUUCAAUUUGUACAAAUAUUUCAUUUCGUUCAUGCUAAUUCGAGACAGGUUCAAAGGCAAACUUAAGUUUCUGCUGUUUACCAAUAAAAAACUUGAUGAAAAGUUGGAAACCGCAGAAGAUUGCAUGUCGAUCGAUGAUCGAGAUGUUGACAGAUAUCUCCGUUUUACUUUUGAAGGAGCAACCCACAAAGUUCUUACACCGACUGAAUCGACAGUACAAUCAAUAAUGGAAUACGCCAACAAAGAUUUUUAUUCCCUGAAGGACGCUAUCAAGGAACUUUUUACUACAGGAACUAUUUCAAACGAGUUGCGGAAAUACAAAGCUUAUUUAAGGGAUAUUUUGAAGGAGUCGGAAAACAAGCAAAUAAGUUUCGAAUAUACCUUCAACGACUCACUGAUUCUCAUUGCUAAAUUAUACAAAGUGCUUCAACCAGAGCUGCACAAUAUGAAACCAAUUGUUAAGCCACCAGAAUUUAACGUCAAUGAACCGGAAUAUGAGUAUGCAAGCUGCCCUCUAGUGGAAGGUCAGGAUUUCGAGCACCUGGUUGCCGCCAUCAAAGAUCUCUUUCGUAGCGGAACUGUAUCUGAUCAUUUAAAAAAGUACGAAAAUCUUUUAGCUUUGAUUUUAACAACAAUCGCAGAUGGUCAGCUAGCAUUCAAAGAUACGUUCAAUUGGGAUCUAAUUUGUAAAGCUGCAUUGUAUAGCAUGUUGAAGGCUGAAAUGAGUGACAUGAAUAAGGCGGUAACUACGAAGCAGAAACUCUUCGAUGGAAAAGAUUCACGGAACAAAACCCAUCCAGUAUUAUAUGCGGACGCAUCUGACGUGAGACAUUUUUUUACGCUACUCACAUUAUCAGCGCACCAACCACAUUAUUUGCAACCCUUCAUCGUAGAGGAGUUGCACUUGUGGAUGAGGCAGUGGCUGCGACCCGACGUUUUAGGUAAGCUAACCGAAGUCGAUGAUAAAAAUGCGGUGAGAGAUUUGGAUGAUUAUUUCGACGCAGCGCUUCAGUGCGAACAAGGUAAUUCCAAACCAUAUUUGAAUCAAUUUUUUUUAACGGAGUAUUGUAGCAAGCUACGGUCUAAAAUAGUAGAACGAAAUCCAGUAUUAAAUGACACCAAUCAGUUAUAUAUCAACAGAGUGAUUACUUUUGAAAAAGAGGAGAAAGAGGUGCAUCAACCAGCAACCUUGAAAGCUCCUCAUUUUGAUGGAAAAAAAAUAUCUCAAAUACAUCGCGGUUUCAGAAGAUUUGCUUUACAUAAUUAUAACACUAGAAAACCUGAGCUUGAAAUGAAUAACAUAUUAUCACAUGUAGACAAAAUUAUGGUUAGUUCACUCGUAGAAAAAAUUAAAAAUGUAAUACAUGAUAGAAUAUCGCUCUCUAAAACACCAGAUGAAGAAAUGUCAGAUAAUCAGUUUGCAGCCAAUCUGAGGACUAAGUUUUUAUAUGAUCAGUGUUUAGUUUUGACUGCGGACCCUGGGAUAGGCAAAACUGAACUUCUUCAAUAUGUUGCCCUAGAGCACCAAAAACUCCAAUCAGGAGCAGUUUUCUUAUUCUACCUGAACAGAAUACAAGAUUCAAAGGAUUCUUCAUUGGAUGUCCUCAGAUCUACGUUAUCUAAAAAAAAUGUUGAACUCAUACAAAACGUUUUGGAUGAAAAAAUUGAUGAUCACAUUACGAUACUGUUUGAUGGGUAUGACGAAAUACAUGAGAAAAAUCGAAACAAAAUAGAGAAUCUCUUUGCAUUAUUUAUGAAAUCAAAACAAAUUCAGCUUGUUAUAAGUGCCAGAAGUCAUAAGAAACUUUCAUUGCAGAGCUUUUUUCAGAAACACAAAUUGAAUGUCAGAUACUUUUCAUUGGAGUCAUUUAGCAGUAAGAAUAUAACUGACUAUCUUGCACAAUCUUGGAAUGAAAACGGAAAAUGUGAUGUUAACCCAAAAUUUAUUACGUAUUCUAAAUUUCUAAUCGAGAAAUUUUAUAGAUUGUGCAGAGUUCCAUUAAUGACCAAAAUGGUUUCUGAAAUUUACAAAUCACGCUAUAAGCUGUAUCAAUCAUCAUAUAUGACCGACGAAGACAUUGAAAUAAACUAUUUGGAUAAGGAGUUUUUAGAAGUUGAGCAUAUUUAUGAAAAAUUUAUAGAAAAAUGUUUAGAAGUAAAGACAGAGGCUGCAUGUGAUGGUAUUGGGAAACUCGACUCGAACAAACGAAUUUUGGAUGGAUUUUAUGUUAACCAUCAAUUACUGGCAAUUAAAUGUAUUGAUGUUGAUGAGCUUAAAUUUAUCUUCAGAAACCCCAAAUACAAAAAAAAAUUGGAUAUCAUUCAAACAGGUCUUAAAAAACAGUUUGAAAAAUCCAUUCUUGUAAAAUUUGUUGACGAUAAAGUGUUUUUUACCCAUUAUUCAUACGCCGAAUAUUUUGUGGCUAGCUUUCUUUGGGACAAUUUUGAAUAUGUGAAAAAUACUAUUAAAAAUGUUUUGUCCUGUUUUCCAGGAAUAAGAAAGUUUUUUAUAAAAAUAAUUGAAAAAGAAGACAUUUCAUUCGUAUCAGAAAUCGUUCAAGAGGCGUCUUUGUUUUCUGAAGAAUUUGUCUUAUGGGCUUGUGAAAGUAAUGCUAUUGAAUUGUUAAAAUUUGUUAUUUCAAAAGAAAACCAGCGUUGGACAAAAGAGGAAGAAAUGCUCCAAAUUGCUAUUAUAAAUGGCAGUGACAAAAUAUGUUCCUAUUUGAUAGACGACUGUCAAGUGCAUCCCGAUGUUGAGCUUUAUGGUGGAUUUGCUCCUUUACAUGUGGCCAUUGAGGGUGAUCAAAGACAUAUAGUUCAGUUGCUGCUAGAAAAGGGAGCUGACGUUAAUAUUCGUGACGCAAAAUUGAAUUCCGAUACCCCAAUUUCUGCAAAACCCCCACUUCAUUUUUCACUUUUUGGUAAUAAAGGGGCCGAGGAUAUAAUAAUAAAAGGAAAUGUCAACAUUGGCGCAUUGACUCACGAGAAUUGCACACCGCUUCAUUUAGCAUGCCUCAAUGGUCAUAAAGAGAUCGUGGAAAUAUUAAUUAGGAGAAAAGCCAACAUUGACGCACUGGCUCUUGAGAAGUCCACACCACUUCAUUUAGCAUGCCUUAAUGGUCAUAAAGAGGUUGUGGAAAUAUUAAUAAAGGAAAAAGCCAACGUUGACACAUUGGAUGAAAGGAAGUUGACACCGCUUCAUUUUGCAUGCCACAAGGGCCAUAAAGAAGUUGUGGAAGUACUAAUUAGGGAAGAAGCUAACAUUGACGCAUUGGCUUUUGAGAAUUUCACUCCGCUUCAUGUAGCGUGCCUUAAUGGUCAUAAAGAGGUUGUGGAAGUAUUAAUUAGGGAAAAAGCCAACGUUGAAGCAUUGGCUCUCGAGGAUUGCACACCUCUUCAUUUGGCAUGCCUGCAUGGUCAUAAAGAGGUUGCGGAAAUACUAAUUAGGGAAAAAGCUAACAUUGACGCAUUGGAACUCAAGAAUUGCACACCUCUCCAUUUAGCGUGCCUUAAUGGUCAUAAAGAGGUUGUGGAAAUACUAAUUAAGGAAAAUGCCAACAUUGAGGCAAUAGCUCUCGAGAAUUACACACCGCUUCAUUUGGCAUGCCAGAAUGGUCAAAAAGAGGUUGUGGAAGUAUUAGUUAGGGAAAAGACCAACAUUAACGCAUUGGCUCUCGAGAAUUGCACACCGCUUCAUUUAGCGUCCCUCAAUGGUCAUACAGAAGUUGUGGAAAUUUUAAUUAGGGAAAAAGCCAACAUUGACGCAUUGGAUCUCGAGAAUUGCACACCGCUUCAUUUAGCGUGUCUUAAUGGUCAUAAAGAGGUUGCGGAAGUAUUAAUAAGGGAAAUAGCCAACGUUAACCCAUUGGAUGAAAAGAAGUCCACACCGCUUCAUUUGGCAUGUCAGAAUGGUCAUAAAGAAGUGGUGGAAAUACUAAUUAGGGAAAAAGCUAACAUUGACGCAAUGGCUCUCGAGAACUACACACCGCUUCAUUUUGCAUGUCUGAAUGGUCAAAAAGAGGUUGUGGAAGUAUUAAUUAGAGAAAAAGCCAACAUUGAUGCAUUGGCUCUCGAGCAUUGCACACCGCUUCAUUUAGCGUCCCUCAAUGGUCAUACAGAAGUUGUGAAAAUUUUAGUUAGCGAAAAAGCCAACAUUGACACAACGGAUUUCAGGAAUUGCACACCGCUUCAUUUAGCGUGCCUUAAUGGUCAUAAAGAGGUUGCGAAAGUAUUAAUAAGGGAAAUAGCCAACGUUAACCCAUUGGAUGAAAAGAAGUCCACACCGCUUCAUUUGGCAUGCCAGAAUGGCCAUCACGAGGUUGUGGAAAUACUAAUUAGGGGAAAAGCCAACAUUGACGCAAUGACUCUCGAGAAUUGCACACCGCUUCAUUUAGCGUCUUUUAAUGGUCAUAAAGAAGUUGUGGUAAUAUUAGUUAGGGAAAAAGCCAACAUUGAUGCAACGGAACUCAGAAAUUACACACCGCUUCAUUUGGCGUGCCUUAAUGGCCAUAAAGAGGUUGUGGAAAUAUUAGUUAGGGAAAAUGCCAACGUUAACCCAUUGGAUGAAAAGAAGUCCACACCGCUUCAUUUGGCAUGCCAGAAUGGCCAUAAAGAGGUUGUGGAAAUACUAAUUAGGGGAAAAGCCAACAUUGACGCAAUGACUCUCGAGAAUUGCACACCGCUUCAUUUAGCGUCUUUUAAUGGUCAUAAAGAAGUUGUGGUAAUAUUAAUUAGGGGAAAUGCCAACAUUGACGCAUUGGAACUCAGGAAUUGCACACCGCUGCAUUUGGCAUGCCAGAAUGGUCACAGAGAGGUUGUGGAAAAACUUAUUAGGGAAAAGUCCAACGUUGACGCAUUGGCUUUCGGGAAUUGCACACCACUUCAUUUGGCGUGCCUUAAUGGUCAUAAAGAGGUUGUGGAAAUAUUAGUUAGGAAAAAAGCCAACAUUGACGCAUUGAAUCACAAGAAUUGCAAACCGCUUCAUCUAGCGUGCCUUAAAGGUCAUAAAGAAAUUGUGGAAAUAUUAGCUAGAGAAACAGCCAACAUUGACGCAGUGGAACUCAGUAACUACACACCGCUUCAUAUAGCGUGCCUUAAUGGUCAUAAAGAGGUUGUGGAAAUAUUAGUUAAGGAAAAAGCCAACGUUGACGCAUUGGCUGAAAAGAGUUUCACACCGCUGCAUUUGGCAUGCCUGAAUGGUCAUAAAGAGGUUGUGGAAAUACUUAUAAGGGAAAAAGCCAACGUUGACGCAUUGGAUGCAAUGAAGUCCACACCGCUUCAUAUGGCAUGUCAGAAUGAUCAUAAAGAGGUUGUGGAAGUAUUAUUAAGGGAAAAUGACAACGUUGACGCAGUGGAUGAAAAGAAUUUCACACCACUUCAUUUAGCAUGCCAGAAUGGCCAUGAAAAGGUUGUGGAAGUAUUGGUUAGGCAACAAGCCAACGUUGACGCAUUGGCUGAAAAGAAUUUCACACCGCUUCAUUUAGUAUGCCUGAAUGGUCAUAAAGAGAUUGUGGAAGUAUUGAUUAGGGAACAAGCAAACGUUGACGCACUGACUGAACAGAGUUUCACACCGCUACAUUUAGCAUGCCACAAUGGUCAUAAAGAGGUUGUGGAAAUAUUAAUUAGGGAAAAAGCCAACGUUCAUGCAUUGGCUGAAAAGAAUUGCACACCGCUACAUUUAGCAUGCUACAAUGGUCAAAAAGAGGUUGUGGAAAUAUUAAUUAGGGAAAAUGCCAACGUCCAUGCAUUAGCUGAAAAGAAUUUCACAACGCUUCAUUUUGCAUGCCAGAAUGGUCAUAAAGAGGUUGUGGAAAUAUUAUUGAGAGAAAAUGCCAACAUUGAAGCAUUGGAUCAAGAGAACUCAACACCUCUUCAUGUGGCAUGCCAGAAUGGUCAUAAAGAGGUUGUGGAAAUAUUAUUGAGAGAAAAUGCCAACAUUAACGCACUGGAUGACAAAUAUCGUACACCACUUGAUUUGGCAUACCACAAUGGUCAUGAAGAGGUGAAAGCAUUAAUAAGAGAUGCCAACUGAAAUGCCAACUUUUCAGCUACUUCCACUAAUAACUUACAUUCCCUAUUAGCAAAGAAUAAGAAUAUUAAGAAUGCCCACUCCGCUGAUGCUCGGGGGGACACUACCGCAGCGCUAUCUGCGGAUGAAAGUUCAACCUUCAUGCGGUAGUGUGCGUUACUGAUUGUAUGCGGAUACACAAACAUACGCACACUACCUUCUCUUAUGACAAAUCACGAUCACUGUUACAUAGAGCUUCCACCUUGAAACGCUUAGAGAGCGCCACUUGUCUUGUCACUUGACGUUUACAUAGAAAAAGACAAGAGAGGGCAUUCUUUCUAUUUUUAUUCUUUGCUAUUAGCUUCAUUCCCUAUUUGUUUUAAAGUUUCUCGAAGCACUUUUUUUGUAAAAUUUCUUCGGAAAUUCUAUGAAAAAUCUGUCAGUAUCUCUGAGACUUUCUCUCUGGGUAGCUUAAGGGUUUCUGCGGGAAUUCCUCCCAUGCAUGAACUUCGGAGUUCCCUUCGAAAACUUGCCAAUUAAUUCCUCAAACAGUUCUCUUGAUCAAUGGAUUAUUUUGAGUUCCAUCUAGUGAAUGCUUGUGAAACUUCUCCACGGAUAUUUGUUGCCAUUAUAUACUAGGAGUAGUUCGUGAAAGAAGAUUCGCGAUUAAUUCCUGGCUACAUUCCUGCAGUAAUUCUUGGGUGUCUUCUCCUAACGAUUAGUAUUUCUCUACAUCUCCAAAGAGGAACGAGGAAUAUGAAAAGCUUUCAUUUCCAGCUAUAAUUAUUAUUGUAUGUUUUUUGUUCAGUAGUUAUGAUUUUUUUAAAGUAAGGAAAAGCCUAAAUUCACCACAUCGAAUUGAAGCACAUCGAAAUCUUUAUCAAUUAAGCUGAAAAUUUGACCAGAAGUUCACUUUAGCAUGAGAAUUAUGAAACUUCCUUGACCGGUGGGAUUCGAUAAAUUUUUCAAAAAUUUGAACAUGUCUACUGGGCAUCAACAUUCAUGAAACAAUAAUUAUAAAUAGUAUAUAAUAGAAAUAUACAUUUGCAUUGUCUCAACACAGCAAAAGAAGUAUUUUCACAAAACGUUCAAAUUCAGCUGAUUCUCCAAUAUUGUCUAAGACCUCUGUCGUAGUUGCUUAUGCCUGCACGAUCAAAAUUGAAUAUAUAAAUAUAUUAUAUACCAAGCAGCUACAGCUCAAUGAACAAUUGCAUUAUCAAUUCCUAGCCAGAGAGCGCAAAACUAUCUGUCAUUUAUUGCAGUUUCUGUACAUAAAGUAGAUAUACGACAAUUUUCAAUCUAUCCAGCAUUUUAUGAGCGCUAAUGGCCGCCAGAAUUUUUCUCACUUUCUGGUAGGGAUCAGCCGAUUUGACGUUUGGCUUGUGUCGUUUGGCAGCUAAUCGAUAAGAUCCCCAAGUAACCACGCUGUUGAAGCUGUACGUAUUGCAUCAAUAACGCACAUAUAUUGACAUGCAUUACCCUAUAUAAACCAUUAAAGUUGAAUUAAAGUGGGAAGUGGCGCCACUAUUGUUGAUUUACGAUUAUACCAGUAUAAUCGUAAGUCAGCAAUAGUGGCGCCACUUGCCACUUUAAUUCAACUUUAAUGGUAAAUGUAGGGCAAUGCAUGCCAAUAUAUGCGCUUUAUAUACGCAAUCCGUACGUCUUCAACAGGAUGGUUACUUGGGCGACCAUCAAUCUUAUCGAGCAACUGUCAAACGACACAGACCAGAUGUCAGGUCGGCUGAUACCUACAAGAAAGUGAGGAAAAUUUUGGCGGCCAUAAGCGCUCGUAAAAUGCUGGACAACACACAACAAUUGUAAGUUAGUAACAAAUGCAGCCCUCGAACAUUGUAUAACACUUGAAAUAAAAUACUUUUAUGAAAA